AAGGGGAAGAGGAAGAAGAAGAAGAAGAAUACGAAGGAGAAGAAGAAGAAGAAGAAGAAGAAGGAGAAGAGGAAGAAGAAGAAUACGAAGGAGAAGAAGAAGAAGAGGAAGAAGAAGCAGGACUACAAUCGAUUGAAAGUUUUCGUGAGAGCAGUCUGUCUCGAUUAAGCCAGUCACGUGGUCAACGAGAUCAUCUGACCGGCGGGAAGAAAGAAAAAAGAAAAAUUCAGUUCAGUCUCGUUCAUCUUUCUCUCUUUUCUUUCCGGAUAACAUCGUCACGUACGUUAGAGAUUAUCUACCAUCGCAAGCUGAAAGGAGAAAAAACACUAGCCUGGGAUGAGAAUCACACAAACCACGUGAACAGUCGAGAAAAAUCGAAUGAAAAUCGUAUAGCUCAUUUAAGUCAAAUAAUUUCGAGUAUCCUCAUUUAUCGAUCUUCCUUCUACUUUUCUUCCUCCUUCUGCUUCUCUUUCUUUUCCUCCUUUUCUUCCCUCACGAAGAAAAAAUUUGCAAUCAAGAUGGAGACUACCUGGGACAUUGGGAUCUUAAAUUUUACGAAAGAAUUAAAUCUAAGCUUUUGCAAUGGCACAUAUAUUGAAAAUUGCAAUGAAUUUGAACUUGAUGAAAUUGGCUAUGAUCGUGAUCUUAUAGAGAAGAUUGUCCGCGUGAUAGUGCCGGUUUUUUUUGGGAUGAUUGGUAUACUCGGUUUGAUUGGAAAUACUCUUGUGGUCAUUGUUGUAGCUGCAAAUCCAGGCAUGAGAUCAACUACUAAUAUUCUCAUCAUUAAUCUCGCAGUGGCCGAUCUUCUUUUCGUCAUAUUUUGCAUACCGUUCACAGCGACUGAUUUUGUCUUACCUUUUUGGCCAUUUGGUAAUAUCUGGUGUAAGAUCGUUCAAUAUCUUAUCAUCGUCACUGCCUAUGCUAGCGUCUACACGUUGGUCCUUAUGAGUCUCGACAGGUAUUUGGCGGUGGUUCAUCCGAUAACAUCGAUGUCUUGGAGAACAGAGAACCAUGCGAUUUUAGCGAUUUGCAUCGCAUGGGCAUUUAUAUUUGCUUUAUCUACACCAGCUCUCGUUAUUCAUGGCGAGAUUCACUUUACGUUUCAGGACUUGGACGAUUCGUCGACGGCUUGUCGGAUCCUACCGCAAUAUGAUUGGUCCUUUUUCCAGGUAUCCUUCUUCCUAACGAGUUACUUGCUGCCAUUGACGUUGAUAUGCGUCUUUUAUGUCUGUAUGCUUGUCAGACUAUGGCGUGGUGCUCGUGUGAGUGCCGAGAGUCGACGAGGAAGAAGAAGAGUGACUCGUUUGGUUCUCGUCGUUGUAGGCGUUUUCGCAAUAUGUUGGUGUCCGAUCCAGGUGAUAUUAGUUACGAAGUCUUUAGAGGCGUAUCCUUUAAAAUCGGCGACGAUUAUGGUCCAGAUAGCGAGUCACAUUCUGGCGUAUACCAAUAGCUGUGUCAACCCUAUCCUUUACGCUUUUCUCAGCGAUAAUUUCCGAAAGGCCUUUCGGAAAAUCAUCUAUUGCAGGCCACGACAAGAUCCACAAAGAUCGGGUCCAUCAACAAAAACUACAAGAGCCGCUAGCACCGGUGACAUCCUAUGAGUAUUACAUCCACGUUCAUCGAUGUGAUUGUUGAUCCUGAAUAGAAUGGGUAUUGAAUAUUUCUGUGUAAUUGAAGAAAAUGGAAUUAGAAAGAAUUACACAUCUACACAUACGCACAUCUACCCAACCAGUCAUAAACAACAAACAUACACACAUAAAACAAAGAAUAUAUUUGAUGGUUGUGUUUUGACGUUGUACAAAAGGAAUGUAUUAUACGAGUGGAAUGAUUUCAUGACGCUCAAUUCGACUAACGAAGUUACUAAAGGUGUCGCAAAUUAAAUAUAGAAGUGUAAAAUACGUAUACUAUAUACAUAUGAAAGAAUAUGAAUUAAAAAUAUUUCCAUUUAAAUAAUGAAUCGAAACUUUGUAAUGUUUCGGCUUUUUUUAUUUAUUUAUUUUUUUUUUUUAAAUAAAUAAAAACAGCGAAAUUCAAGAUACUAUAGUCAAUGAAGUUGUACAUGCAAGAGUGAGAUAAAUAAUAAAAACAUAUAGUAUAAUUUUAAAUAAGACUAAUAAGCUUAAUGAUAAAACUUUACCAGAUCCAUCGAAAUACAGUUAGCGACACGAAAUCCUUCCGCCGUUUAAAAAUUAAUAUUGUUUAAAAAUGUAAAUAUUUCUUGUAAAAAAAGGAAAGAAAGGAAAAGAUGGAGAAAAAGGUAAAUUGUUAAAUUAAGAUAAGAUAAGAUAAUUACAUUUACGAUAUUAUCGAAGAUUAUUAAGAUUUCGAGACGUGUUAAUUAAAUGAGCCCUUUUAAUUAUUACACUAUUAUUAAUAACAUUGACUGAUUGUAAACGAGCUAACUGAACGAGCUUUCGAUAAAAUUAUAUAUAUAUAUAUAUAUAUAUAUAUAUAUAUAUAUAUCUAAUUUAUUUAUCGUUUAAAAUAAAUAAACUGUGUGUGUACACGAAAAGAAGACGACCAAAACUAUGGACGAACGCGGAUGAAUAAAAAAAAAAAGGGUAAGUCGUUUCCUUUUCGAAAAACUCUAAUAUUUUAUCGUAAGGUUAAUGGAAGAAUCAAUUAAAAGAAAAUCGAUCGACGACGAUUGUAUAGUGUAUUAUUAAUG